AUGUCCAACACAACCGACACCAUCAACCAGCUCAUCCAGAGCAAUGUGGGCAGAACCGUCUCAUCGCAGGCCGUGGCUUCGCAGGUUAUCCUGAUGGCGAUUGUUUCGGGGCGUGCGGGGCAGCUGUGUGACGUUGAAGUGCAGUUCGCUACGAUCUUUGUAUUCAACAUCCUCCGACCACGAAACAAGGUUAUCUACGAACCGAAAGUAAAGUAUCACACAGGCGCCCAAAAGCCGCCCGCCAUCUCCGACUCGCCCCUCGGCUGGGUUUCACCCAUCCUCCACUAUCACGAAGCCGACCUUGUCGACAAGAUCGGCCUCGAUGCGAUCGCCUUCCUCCGCUUCCUGCGCCUCCUGCGAUGGCUAUUCACCGCCAUCGCCGCCCUAGUCUGCGCGACGCUUAUCCCCGUCAACCUCACCUAUAACAUGAAAAACUUCGAGGACUCGGACACUAAGCCGGACAUCCUGUCCAUGCUCACUGUCAGCAACAUCUACGGGACGAAUCUGCUGUUCGUGCACAUAGCGGUGACGUACGGCAUCACUGCGCUCGUGAUGGGCUUCGUAUGGGUGCACUGGCGAAACAUGGUGCGGUUACGACAGAACUGGUUCCGCAGCCCCGAGUACCAGCAGUCGUUUUACGCACGCACGCUCCUCAUCCUGCGUGUACCAAGGCAGCUCCAGUCGGACGAGGGUAUCCGCGCGAUCUUCGAAUCCGUCCAGGUGCCGUACCCCACAACUUCCGUGCAUAUUGGGCGCAAGGUUGGCCGGCUGCCGGAGUUGAUUGAGUAUCACAACGAGACGGUGCGUGAGCUGGAGAAGGUGCUGGUUCGGUAUUUGAAGGGCGGGCGGAUCGGGAAGGAGCGGCCGACGAUAAGGCAGGGCGGUUUCCUCGGUUGUUGUGGUGGUGAGAAGAAGGAUGCGAUUGAUUACUACACGCAGAAACUAAGACGCACGGAGGCGGCCGUUGAGGAGUAUCGACACCAGAUCGACAAGCGCAAGGCGGAGAACUACGGAUUCGCAUCUAUGGCUGCGGUCCCAUAUGCACAUAUCGUCGCGAACUUGCUGCGGAACAAGCGACCGAAGGGCACAAUCGUUACGCUCGCGCCGAACCCGAAGGACAUCAUCUGGAGCAAUAUCACGAAGAGCCCCGGCGAGGUGGCGCGUUUGCGGAUGAUUGGGUUCUUGCUCCUUGCUGUGGUGUGUUUCUUCAAUACUGUGCCGCUAUUCGCAAUCUCAGUGCUGGCCAACUUGAGCGCCAUCUCUGCAUACGUAGGGUUCCUGAAGAGGUGGGCUGAUAAUUCACCGACUACGUUCGCAAUCAUCUCUGGUGUGCUGCCGCCUACGGUGUCCGCGAUCUUCGGUUAUUUCUUGCCAGUCCUCAUGCGCUGGCUUACGCGGUACAUGGGCGCGCAUACGCACUCUAGACUUGACCGUGCAGUUGUCGCGCGCUACUUUGCGUUCCUGGUCAUUUCGCAGCUGAUCAUCUUCACGCUCAUUGGUGUCGCUUUCAAGGCGAUUGCACAGGUUGUCACGCUUAUUGGGGAGCAUAAGAGUUUCAGCACGAUUAUAGCGAAUUUGAAACACGGUGCUAAAUGGAGGUUUCUAUCUCCAGAAUUACCCGCUACCAUCAAUCAGACGUAUAUCGGCCAAUCGUCGUACUGGCUCACGUUCUUCCCUCUUCGUGGUUUCCUGGCUGUAUUCGACCUUGCGCAGAUAUUGAACCUUGUGUGGACGACUUUCAAGACUCAUGUAUUUGGCCGGACGCCAAGGGACAUCAGGGAUUGGACACGACCGCCGGAUUUCGAGUAUGCCAUCUAUUACUCAAACAUACUGUUCAUGGCAUGCGUGGGCUUCGUGUUCGCUCCGUUGGCGCCUCUCGUAGCUGCUGCUGCUGCGGUUGUGUUCUGGAUCAGCUCCUGGGUAUACAAGUACCAGCUGAUGUUCGUGUUCGUCUCUAGGGUGGAGACUGGCGGACGUUUGUGGAACCCUGUCAUUAACCGUAUUCUCGCAUCUGUGGUUCUGAUGCAAGCACUGAUGACCCUAACUAUGGGUCUGCAAAUGGGGUGGACCUCGUGGCAUUGGGUCGCGACGCUUCCUCCUAUAGUCUUCAUCUUCAUCUUCAAGGCGUACGUGAACCGUACUUUCGAUCGUCAAUUCCGGUACUAUAUCCCUACGGAAGAGGAGUUGCGCCUUGCCAAGGUACAUUCACAACGCGCUGACAACGCCGGAAACCGCCUCGAAAAGCGGUUCGGACACCCAGCACUGCAUUCCGAGCUGUUCACACCGAUGCUCCAUUCGAAGAUGAUGCCGUUGCUGCCUCAGGUGUAUUCCGGCAAGAUCGCGAACGACAAGGCGCAGCUGGCAGAGUAUGGCGGGCAGGCUAUGGAAGCGCAAGUGGUAUCUGGUAUCAAGAUUGCGGGUAUCGAUCAGGCGAAUCUGGACUACGAUCCUGCCUUGUACCAGCGCGAUCGCGGCGAACUGGAUUGGGAUCAACGGUCAAUGGCUUCGACGAACAUCCUUGGCAGUGAUACUGCUUCUCUUCAUGCCUCAAAAUCUACCUAUUACGCCAAUGGCCGAUCCUCACCCGCGCCGUCUAUGGCAGGCGUGGGCGCCGCGAGGUUCGACAGAUAUAUGGCGCACGGCCCAUCGCGACUGGGAACGCCAGCGCACGACAUCGAGUUGAGUCGAUUUGACGGCAACGAUCAGCAGCCUCUGCUUGCUGCGCAGCAGCCGCUAGGCUACUUUGACCCCCGUUUUGCCAAUAGUGCGGUGUCGGUCAAUUCAGCAUAUCCAUACCAGAACGAGACGCCGCCGCCUGUUCCACAACUGCCUCCGCAGUAUCCGCCACAACCUCACCAGCCCGCGGAGGGCUACCGGAUGGCUCCGGUGCACCGACCUUAUGCAUCGAGCGGCCAGCCAGCUCCCAGUGAUAACAUGGCUGGACGGGGAACGUUUAACCGAGGAUAUUCUGCUGGAUAA